CAUACUUCGUGGCUCUCCCUGAAAACCUCAUCCUCGAGCUCCGUCCAUGGCCACAGCUUCAUACAAGCUCCACUCCACCGCCGCCGCCGGGGCGUUGCUCUUCUCCUCACCUCCCCAUCACCAGACAGCCCUCAUCCCUAUCCGCCGCCAUCCUCGCCUUCUGGCCCGACCUCUUCUCCGGUGCUUGACCUGCAAAGCCACGGAGGUCUCCCAGGGAGUGGAGCAAGAGGAGCCCGAGGUGAGUGAGAGCAGUGAGGGAAGCGGUGUGGGGGAAGGCUGGGUUCCGGUGGUGCCGCUGGCCGCGCUGCCCAGAGGGGAACGCCGGGUGAUCAUUCAGGACCGGGAGACCAUCCUGCUGCUUUGGUACAAGGAUGAGGUCUUCGCCAUUGAGAACCGCUCCCCUGCUGAGGGUGCCUACUCUGAGGGCCUUCUCAAUGCGAAGCUUAGCCAGGAUGGAUGCAUAGUUUGCCCAACAACUGAUAGCACAUUUGACCUUCGGACGGGUACAAUAAAGGAAUGGUAUCCCAAAAAUCCAGUACUAAGGGUCCUCACUCCUCCUUUAAGAUCGUUAUUUGUAUACCCUGUGAAGAUAGAUGGUGAGAAUAUCUAUAUUAGAACGGGUGGAGAGGCCAAAUCUGGAGGGGCUGCUGAGAUCGUUUUUAGUGGGAGAGCUCAACCUGGUUUUACUGCAACUGAUGUUAACGUGGAAGAGGUCAGGAUGGUGGUUGAUGAAAAUUUUGAGGGUUUUGGCUUUACUGGGAAGAAUGAAUUGCUAAAUGGGAAGGUGGCUAUUAUAGGCUUCUUAUUGUUGAUUGAUUUUGAGCUCUUGACGGGAAAAGGCCUUCUUAAGGGGACAGGAUUCUUGGACUUCCUCUAUUCCACUUUGAAUGCCUUCAGCUUGUCUUAGACAACCAUUUCAGACAAUUUGGCCUGUGGAACAUCAAUGGUGCAUCCCCUUGUUCUCUGGGAAGAUGAAGUUUGAUUUCUUGGAUUGUGUAUCGGUGCCGCUCAUGAUGGCAACGACAGGUUUUGCUAUUCUUUUCUCCAAACAAAUGUAUAGCAACCAUAAACACGCAUACACUUGUAUUCAUUUCCAUGGAAAUGUCUUUUAUAUAUAUAUAUAUAUAUAUAUAUAAAUUAUGUUUUUCAAACCUUAGCUGACCUUUGUAUAUCAUCAGAUAGAUGUAUUUAUA